CUUCCUCUCUAUCUCUCUCUUUUCCUCUCUCUUCCUCUCUCUUUUCACAUGCCAAACUGCAGAUAUUAAAUACGCGGCUGUGAAUCCUGUUCUCAUUUUGUGCCUAUCCUCAGCAUCACAAUCAAAAGAGAGCCGUGGGAAAAUCUGAGAAAACUUUGGGGAAAACAAUCUUAAUUUCAACUGCUGGGGUUUGUCGAGCGAGCGUGAAGGACAAGUCGAGCCACUAUCAGGCAUGCCCAGCCCUCUGGAAAAGGUGGUAGCCCAGAAGAAGGAGGCCAUCGAGGCUGUGAUGGAGAGUUUUGAGCGAGGGGCCGAGGUGUUGGCCAGCGCAGUCGGGGAGCUCUUUCCACUCUGUGAGGCAGCCGCCCCUGUGCUACGACUGGCCCUGGACAACGUGCAGAGCAGAGAGGUCUUCUACGUCAAAGAGCAGUUCCUGGCCGUGCGGAACAAGAUGGAUGUGCUUUCCACACAACUGGAGGACAUUGACUCUGAGAUCAAAAAGGGACGGCUGGAUUCCCAGUACUUCUCAGUGGAGGAGAACAUCAGGAACCAGUUCCGUAAGUACAUGGACAUUCUGGAAGCCAAGCCGCAGUAUCGGGAGGUCAAGACAAAGCUGUUUCUAGACCACUUUUCGAAGACCGGAGGGGAAAAAAACCUAUAUGUGCUUUAUGAUGCUCUGAUGGGCACCAACAGCUUUGGGGAAUCCAUUUUGGAAGUUGUGGAGAAAUACGUGGCGAGGAACAGGCGCUUGCUGGAGGACUUCUGUGUGAGGAUGAAGGAGCUCUUCUGCCUGGGCCUGAUUGCCCUGCUCGGUUAUUGUGCCCUCACCCAGAGCCCAGAUGAAGAGCAGGACUCCAUCUGCAAAUGGAGCAAGAAGAUAGAGGAGGUGGAAUCGAAGAUGAAGACAUGCAUCAACGCAUGCGUAUCAGCCUUUCCUGAACAGGCCCGCCUUGACGCCCAGAAUCUUCUCAAGAAAAGAGAGGAACGCAACCUCCAGGACAUGGCUCAGGAGGUACAGGAGUUCCUCACCAGGAAGUACGACUGGGUGAGCUGGUCGGUACGAGUGGUCAACGACUCCGGCAGCAGCUACCGGAACUGGCGCGCCGGAGACCACUUCCAACACGUGGCCGGUCUGAACUGGUUUGAGGUGCUGCAGGUGAAUGACACCAACCUCAUGGUUUCCUACAGCACCAGUCCCCAACCGGUGCCACGCAACAGCAUCCGGCAGCUGAUGGAGGGGCUGGGGAAGAAGGGCGGGGUCCGGGACACGGUGGAGGUCCUGGAGAAGCAGUUGGCGGGGUUUGUGGUGCAUGCUGUCAGUCGCCACAAGCAGAGCGAGGCCGCCUGGAGCUUCCCUGAGGACUGCCACUACUGGGAGAGGCACAAGAAUGUUGCCCUGUGCGUACAUUCGGAGUGACAUCACAAGUGGCGCAACAAGUCGUGAACCUGAUAGUUCUUGUGAGAAAAAAUCCUGCUGCCUGCAUUUCCAGAGACAAGAUUUUGCUGAGAUUGCAUCUGCUGAGCUGCGCUCUCAUUUUAUCACACAGGCUGGCCUACAUUACAAUGAAAAAGACACUGGAAGCCGUUCUGCCAACUGUGAAAACAACUUGGCAUUCAAUGUACUCUACUGUGCCUUGUACACAAUACACUCAAACCCUUGCAUCUGAACCCAUAUCAGGCAUGCUUCAGUAUAACAAAUUUAAGGGCAUCUAGCAAAGCUGUAGCAUUUUGUGAACAGAUUAUUUAUAAUUAUUACGGCAUGAAUACUAAGUGAUGUUUAAUUGACCGAUCAAAUUCAUACUAAUUCAGUCCUAAUAAAAAUAGUGCCUAAGUUCUACACUUGUCAUUAUGCUUCGUAAAACAAAAACAAAUCAUCCGUUAAUGGAUGUACGUGUGCGAUUUAGCCCUGUCCUGUGUAAACAUGAUUUGUGGGCGACCACUGAAGUGUAUGGCCAUUAAAGCAAGCUAGUGCACACGCACUUGCCAGGGCCUCUCUAAUAUAAUUGAUAUUUGCACAUAAGUCAGCAUUUCCUGACCACAGCUUUAGUUUGAUAGUCUAUGAAUAGCAACCUUUGGCUGGGCUAAUAACCUAAAGACGAGCUCCAAAGUGCUUGGCUCAGCAUGCUGCGUUGUUGAUGGUUAUGGCCGUCAUUUCUGGGCCAGCGAAGUAGCAAUAUGGCCCUUCCAGGACACACAUGCUAUACCGUCGUAAAUCAAGACUGUCAAAAUUAUGCACAGUUUGUAAUGUACUCGGAAUCAUCCCCCUGUCUUCCCUGCACUCUCUGAACUUCUUAAUAUUUACUAACAGGAUGGUUUAAUAUGAUAACGUUGGUCCUCUCUGAACGUUUUGUUUCAUAGCCACAGGUAUGGAUUCUGAUAAGGCUGGUCUCAUUCCUUUAACCACCAUUUUAAAAUGGGGGUGUGUUGAAAACAGAGAGAAUGCUGGGUGUGUCAAAUAAUUGAGUCCAUCAAAGAGUCCCUCCUCAAACACACCACAGAACCUGUCAGACCGUUGGUGAAACGCACCAUGACCGGACAAGCAAUGCCUCAGAGUUAGGUUUCAGGGCAAAAUCAUU